CGUCGCGUUGCCAUGGUAACAGCAUAGUCGCGGCUCGGCUGUUGACGGCUAACCGCCUGUGAAUGAACGGCGCUAAAGUGGCCUGCUUUUCGCUUAUUACCCGCGGAGCUACGGCGCUAACUUCAGGAUCAUUCAGCUGUUUUGUUGUUCGUGUGCAGCGGAUUCUGAGGAAGUUUCAGGAUGUCCAGUGACCUUGCUGGUGUGUGGGAGGUGGCACUGAGCGAUGGAGUCCACAGGAUAGAGUUUGAACACGGCACGACCACAGGAAAGAGGGUCAUCUACGUGGAUGGAAAGGAGAUACUGAGGCGGGACUGGAUGUUCAAACUCGUGGGGAAGGAGACGUUCAGUGUGGGCAAGUCAGACACCAAAGCGACCAUCAACAUAGAUGCAGUCAGUGGUUUUGCCUAUGAGUACACCUUGGAGAUCAACGGGAAGAGCUUGAAGAAGUACAUGGAGAACAGGUCAAAGGUCACCAGCACCUGGGUGCUCAACUUGGAUGGCACUGACUGCAGGGUGGUCCUGGAGAAAGACACUAUGGACGUUUGGUGCAAUGGACAAAAGAUUGAAACUGCAGGGGAGUUUGUGGACGACGGCACAGAGACGCACUUCACACUCGGAGACCACAACUGCUGCGUGAAGGCUGUGAGCAGCGGGAAGAGACGAGACGGGAUCAUUCACACGCUGCUCGUGGAUGGCACAGAGAUAGCUGAGUGCACGGAGUGACUGUGAGUGUGUGUGUUUACGUGUGUAUGGAAGCAGGAGGGCUGGUUUGUGUGUGUGACUCUGAGGGAGGGUGUGGAGCUGAUGUCCAUUUAAAGCUGUUGGAGCUGACGGCGUUGCUCCUGUGUUGUUAUGGCCAUGCUGUGGAGGGUAUAGUAGCCAUAUUGGUAGAGGCUGUAGGCACUAACUAAUAUCCUAACAGUUAUAGACGGAUGCUACUGUCUGGCCAGUUUUAGAGCAGAAGUUGCCGCCACAUUUCAGUCACAAAAAGGGAUUUAAUGUCUCAAAAUGUAACCUCACACUGAAAAACGUUGUAGAGCUGUAACUGAUAUUUUAUAUUGAUAUAAAUUCAGUUUCAGAAAUAUUAUCAAUAGUGGAGGCCAGACGUGCCAUAUUUAUCUCACUCGCCCUGGCUCAGUUUGUUCGUUAAACACGAUCCACAGGUGUUUUCUUACAGAAGUACUGUACCUGUUGUCUUUUUUUUUACACAUAACGUGGCUCAGUAAAGCCCAGACUCGACCUGUUCUCCCUGCGCUUCGUGUAUUUUGUGCAGGAGGAGGAUUAAAGACCAGGGGACAGGAUUAUUCCUCGAAUGUAGCAUCAUUCCAGCGUACACCGCUCAGGCGUGGUCUUUGUUUAGUCCCGUGUCGACGUGUUAAAUGGUCUUUGUUUUGAUUGGUUCAGCCAGGUGAUAUGUUGUUAGCUUCUCGCAGACUGCUGUAGAUGUGUCAAACAUCCUUAGAGUUUAACGUUACAGUUUCAUAGACAAUCAUUCAGAUGUGACAUUGCCAGUAAUGAAGCAUAAACGCAGCUGAAAUUCAUCACUCUCAGAUCAUACUCUGGAGACUCUGUCAUCCUUAGGGAUCCUCUUGCUGUCAAAUCAUCAGUCUCUUUUUUAUGUAAAAGCCAAAAUGUGGUGGUUAAACCGAAUAUGAGCGCAAUGUUUUUUUUAUUAAGCAGUGGAAACAAAUUGAAGAUGGAACAUUUCUCUAGUAUAUCUCAAAUGUUUACAAGUUGAAAACAGGCGUUCACUGUUUAUUGAAUACUGCUGAAAACAUGUUUUAUAGUUUUGUUUUCACCAGUUACUAUAAAAGAAAAACCCAAUUCAAGCUCCACAUGUUGUUAAGGUCUCCGUGGCAACUGAUUAAACUUCAUCAGCUGAUGACUGUGAGGCGCAGCUCAACGCUCUCCAAGGUCAGAGAUAAACUUUCAUGCUUGACAGAGUUGUGCUACUGUAUCAUAAAGACUAUGAAGUUAAUUUAUGUCUUUUAUAUGUCCUGUAUAAAAGAUUUAUGUUUAUACAUGUAUUCUAUUUUGUUUACUGUUAUGGUACAUGUUUGUGAAAUGUGUAUUUAAUUUCAUUAAAUCCAUGUAGCUGAU